GGCUGUCCUUCCUCCGUGAGUGUUGUGGCUUCUUUCGGUUCGUUGCGCAGCCCUCUGAGGCGAGAAAUGUCCUCCUGGUGAUCUGAGUUGAUGAGCAUUGAGAUGAGAAGGAUGGAUGACUGGAUAGAAUGUACUCUGUGCCUCUGGCUUUCUUGUUUGCAGUCCUUUUCCCUACCCUAGCAUGGCGGCUGCAGCGUCAUCUUCAUCCGCUGCUGCUGCCGCCGCCCAUGUAGCCGACUUACCUCACCCACCCGUGAGUGAACUGCACGCACAAAUCCAUCAUGUGCCAGGCAUCACUAUGGCUCUCUGCUCUCUUUUUGUUUCCUUUUACUCAUCAGGCGACGUCAUCAUCGGAUCGGGACCGCCCCACCGCCAGCCCUCCGCCCCUCUCGUCCACUGUGAUCAGCAAAGCGGCCCACUCUGAGCCCACCAGACGGGCACUCCUCUCAAAGAUCACCGACACCAACCAGCACGUCGUGCUCCAGUGUGUCAAGGAGGAGAUCGACCGCCUGAUGGCCGACAAGGGCCUCAAGAACGUCAUCACCCUCUCCGCUGACCUGACAUCGCUCAACCUGCUGCUGGACCUGGUGUACAUCAUCCAGCAGAGCGGCGAGUGGGCGGAGACGGUGCCCAUCAUCAGAGUGGCCAAGCAUCAGGGGCGGGGAGGCGGGCAGUUGCCGAUAGAGCUGGGCAGUGCUGAUGUGGAGAGGGUGGGCAGCCGGGCGGUGUGUGAGGGGCGGUGUGAGGCACUGCGGCAGCUCUCACUCAUCCAGCGCCACAUCGGCAUCCCGCUCGAGCGCGACAGCAAUGGCUUGGAGCGGCUGGGUGGGCGUCGGCUGACCAUCCGCCCACUGCUGACCCUGCCGGCCAACCACCCCUUCCGCAAUGGAUACGACGAGGCCAACCCCGUGUGUGAAUAUCAUGGUGAAGAAGGGAGACAAAGAGGGCUGUGGGCAAGGGGUCACUUGGUUGUGCGCGUGUGUUUGUUUGCAGGUGCUCACUUUCUGUCAGUUCGCGACGCUGUGUUGUGUCGGUGAGAAAAUGAGCAGAAUGAUACACACGAAGACAUUGGCUGCGCCGCUCUGCCGUGAUGUGUCUGAUCAGGAUGGGUUUUGGAGGGUCGAAGGUCGUGGACCAGUGUGUUACCUUGUACAACGAUACCGCCCGCUACAACCGACUGGUCAGUCACACCCACACACCCACACACACACGAUUGCCUCGCCAGCUGCCGACUCACUCAUUGUCAUAUCUCCCUUUCUCUUCAGCGGCAGCUCGCCAGGCAGCCGCCGCCCAUCUGGGGCUGCCACACCAUCAGCACCAUCCACUGGGCAACACUACAAGCCUUCGACAGAAUAAUAGUGCUGCAUGGCGACCAGCCGGACCACACCUUCACGGCGCACAUCUACAUCCAAAGCUUCACCCCCAAUGCCGAGGCCCGCCUCUUCACGACAGAGCGGCCGGUGGAUGGCAAGGAGGGGGCGGCGUUGCUCCCCCAGACAGUGAGGGUGGUGCAUGAAAUGAUGCGGGACGCUGCCGUGGUGGCGUUCGGCAACCGGCUGGCCAUAGCUCUCCCCCCAGCUGCUGGUGAUGAUGGUAGUGGUCAGGGUGGCGAGCAGACUUCAGGCAAGCACAAGAAGGGGCGGCACACAAUGAAGGGGUGGUUGUGAAGGCUUGUGUGGCUGGGUGUUAGGUCCUGCUGUGGGUGCUGCUGCUGCCGCCUCGUCGUCAGCUGCAGCUGCUCCACCUGCUGCAGGUGCGGCGGCGGGCUCCCUUUCGCAACACAAUGGUACACACACACAUCUACACAACACGCGGCACACAAGUGCACCGGUCGUUCACCUCCUUGUCCACCACCGCAGGCGGUGAUUUGAUGGGCAUAGACAGCGGUGGCGGCCCGGCAUCCUCUGCAGGUCUCACAAGCCGCGCCUGAUGGACAGCUUCCGUGUGUCAUGCCUUGUGUGACCUGAUUGUGUGGUACCGGUGCAGAUGGGCAGGGCGGCGGGGCGGGUGGCGGCGGUAGCUGCGGCGGUAGCUCCCGUGACCUUCUGCAAAAGAUACGUUCGAUGCGUUCGGUGAGAGGAGGAGAACAAGGCUCAACACACGCAGCAUUAGAGAUGUGAAUGUGUUGGCUUUGGCUUGCAGGUCGCCUCUCAGUUGGUGUCUGAUCUUGACGUGGCAGAGCGCAUGAUCGCCUCACAAGCUGACAGCACACUGGUUGGCACGAAACACCACAUAGCCGAGCAGCCGUCUUCUCUUGCCAUUCGUGUGUCCGUAUGUUGCCCGCAGGAUGGCGCGUCGCUGGCCGGCAGCCUGUCUACUAUUCUGGCGGAGAUGACCAAGCAGCUGGCAGAGAUCGCUGACCACAACUCACAGGUGAGGCUGCAAUGACACAUCGAUGAGACACACACAUGCGGCCGACACACAAACUCAGGUGGACCAUUCAUUUCAUGUGUUCAGGUGCCUAUUAGUGUCCCUUUGGUGUCUGAUUACGUGUCGUCAUCUUCUGCCGCCCCUGCUGCGGCCGCCUCAGCUCCUGCUGCUGGUGGUGCUGGUGGUGAUGGCAAUCGUGGCGAGAAGGGCGAGGCGGCCGCAUCAUCGGCAUCGACUGGCGACGAUGGCGGAGAGGGUGAGAUGGCGGCCGACGACAGACGGCGGCAGAGGCGGCGUGGCGAGCAGACGGCGAAGGCCGCAGAUGGCGGCAGCAUGAUGGGGGACGAGUAGCCGACAUCACAUACUUGCUGACUGACGAUUGUGGUUGCGGAGGGAGAGAGGGAGGGAGGCGCUGUAUGACUGAUCCAGUGAGAUGGAUGGAUGGAUGGAAGAGUAAACAGAGAGCUGAUAGACAAGCAGAGGG